UCAUGCAUACAGGGAUGCAACAUGGCAGUGGAUAUCUAUGCUCAAGAAAUGACAGAUAUCCUGUCCCCAUUGAUGGUCAGGCCUGUGUUAAUACGAGACACUGAAACUGAGUCAUCUGUCCAGCUCAAGUGGGAAUCUAAAAUCCUGCCCAAUGUCACCUAUCUUUUACAAGUGAAAAAUGUUGAUAUGUCCUCUGAUUGGGCAAUAUUCAACCAAUCAGAGUUUAUUUCCAAGCAGCAUAUUUCUGUGACAAAUUUACAGCCGUUUACAACAUAUCAGUUUAGAGUUUUAGCAGUUAUAGCAAAAAAUACUUUUCUAGAGUCAAAUGAGAGUUUCCCAAUUACAACAAAAGCAUAUGGAGCCCCAGGGGAUGCUCCUCAAAUAACCAGCUUGACGACCCCGUCCCCGACUGUGAUUUCCAUUAGCUGGACGCCACCCCACAGGCCAAACGGGCCAUUACUAGUGUACAAGGUGGAGGCCGUCCCAUACAACAGAGACCGUCUGCGCUCUGUCACUAAGGAGGUACCCGCUAACUCCACCAGCUGGACAUUUGCCCAGCUACAGCCUUCCACCCUCUACACCCUGUCCCUGUCAGCCAGAAACCUGCUGGGGGAGGGGCCAGCCGUGAUGAAGAACAUAACCACACCCAACCCCGGCAAUCUAUCUCAAAGAGAGACUCCCUACUUGAUCCUGGGGGCAGAUAACAUGGUGCUAAGGCAGAGUCUGAUCAGCCUACAGUCUCAGUCUGUCACCCUACACAAGGACCAGAAUACUAGUAUACUCAUGACAGAAUCUGUUGUCAAGAACAUGUUGCAGUAUUGA